AUGUGCCUUUUAUGCAACAAAGUUUUGGGCAAUGACGCUAUGAAACCAUCUAAACUGCAAAAUCAUCUGAGAAGAUGCCACCCUGAUAAAACAGAGAAAGAUUUGAAAUACUUUCAAACACUCAAAGAUAAAUUUCAGAAGAGACCUACACUGGACAGAAUGUUCGCUUCAACGUCACAAAGAAAUGAUGAUGGUUUGCGGCAUAAUUCCGGAAAACCGCAUACUAUCGGAGAGAAGUUAAUUUUGCCAGCCGUUGAAGAGGUUUUAAAAACUGGUUUACACAAACCUGCAUCUGAUAUCACUAAAAGAAUUCCCUUAAGCAACAAUACUGUUGAAAGACGUAUUGAUGAAAUGAGUUCUGAUAUUGAAAGCUUCUUAUGUAAUUAUUUACAAACGACCCAUUUCUCUAUACAACUGGACGAGUCAACUUGA